CCCGAGCCCCAACACCCUAUCCGUGGUGCACGUGCUUCUCUGCCUGUGAACCCUAAAGACGGUGCUCUGCAAGGCGGCAACACUGUGGACAUUUCUUCACAACUCCAAACUCUCCAGUGUCAAGCAUUUUCCAAGCACCUCAGGUAUCCUAAAUACUAGUGUACCCUAGUGGGACAUUCAGUCUGUCAGAUGACAGGAGACAGGAUGGAUGGUGGACGCUCCUUCAGCACAUACAUGCGUGGGGAGUGUGUCGUGGAGAAUGGCGACAUUCUCCGCGGCCCCCCACGCACAGUCAAAGUAUCCAUGGGAGAUCCUGACGCGAAAUCUUUCUUCUGCUGUUGCUGGCCACGAGGGCCUCGCUUCACUAAGGUAGCUAAAUUCUUUUUCAAACCGCAUAAAGAAGAACCCAGUCUCCAGAAGUACACGUCUCUGGAGACUGUGAUGUACAUGGACGGCAUGGCUUUCCGCGAAUACUGGACGCCAGGCAAGACGGCCGUCAAGGUCUCCAUCAAGCAGCGGCGCGGAAAGAAGGUUGUCCUCUUUGGCCGCCUGGCAACCUUCCUUCAAGAGAUGGAGAACCGAAAUUCAGAAAAGUUCGUUCUUUAUGUCACGGAAACCAGCUUCAAAAUUAUUCAGAAGGACCGAGCGGCUUCAGGCGGCGACGAGACCGAUGCCGCUGAGAAACAGAAAAAUAAGCCGUUACAAGUACAAGCCGUUAAGUACGAGUGCGCUAAACGCGGGGAUGACGAAAACGAAGUAAAGAUCGACUACGCGACUUCCUUGUUCAACAGUUUUAAGAAGAAAGAUAAACCCGUUAACCUCAUAACAACUCCAGAAAUUGUAAAGUUGCCGCCAGUAAUCCCCAUGCAAACCAAGAACGUGCGGUCAUUCAACAAAGACGCUCCUGCUGCACGCCAACAGCAGCGCAGCGCACUUCGUAGCGUCCGUCGCGAUAAGCAGGCGUCUAUGAAGCCUAAAGAAACAAAGAAAGAAAAACAGAUCGUUCAGAAUCAUACUGAUGAAAAGGCGACUAAUAAGAAAGACAAAGAAGAUACAGAGGAAGAAAAUCAUACAGAGAUGAAGGAAGAAUCAGGAACAAUGAGUGAAGUACAGCUAGUUCACGAAAAACACCAUGAAAACGCGGAAAGUGUGGAAAAGAAUCCAGCUGAAGAGAAGAGCGCAGUUUGGGAAGAAUAUGAUAAAAAUGAAUCUGAAGAGACAGAAGGAGACAGCGAAGAUGUGGAAAGCGUCCCUACAAAAACAGAGAAGACAUAUGAGGAAGAGAAAGAAGAUACUGAGAAACAAGAAGUUACCGAGAAGGAAAUGAAACCAGCAAAAAUUAGUGAAAUGCAGCUAGUUCAGGAAAAAGACGAUGAAUAUCAUGAAGGCGAGGAAGCUAAUACUCUUGAAGGAAAGGAGACUAGUGUUUCGGAAGACUAUGAUGCCCAUGACACUGGAAAGAGGGAAGUGGUUGUUGAAGAUGUGAAAAGUACCUCUCCUGAGAAAGACAAUGCAGAUAAGGAAAUUAAAGAGGGACAAAAUUUUGAGAAGGAAGCUGAGAAACAAGACGUUAUUGAGAAAGUUAACCUUCCCUCUAUAACCAAACUUUUGUCUUUAACCAAAGUCAUCGUGAAGAACAGUACAAGGAGAGAGAAGAUACGGAAAGCAACGCUUUUAAGAAAGAAGAGAGAGAGUGUGUCGCUUGGCAAUGUGAAGACAACAUCACCGGUGGAAAAAAUGACGACGCGGAAGAAUAUAGGGAAGGAUCAACAUUUGAAAAAGAAGGUAAUGACUUGCCGCCACAAGAACACCGCGAUGGCCAAUGUAAGCAGCAAGUGGAGGUGGUGGAAGGCCUCCCCACCAACACCGGUGAAGAAAAUGACGGCGAGAAUGAAGGUAAAGAAGGAACUGGAGUUAAGAAAGAAGACGUUCCCGUGUAGCCAUUACCGUUAUGUCCUCCAGCUGAAAAGAAAAAAUCAAACGUCAGGAGAGAAGAAAAAGCGCUACAAGAAAAUAAAUCUGAAAUCCGUCCGCUGUAAGAUCGACACCCAUUACAGCCUACCUAGUGAUUAUAAACCUGAUCUGGAUUUGAAGGUACUGGAAUCACAGCCGCCACCCUCAGGCCCCGCGCGAGUGAAAUGGGCCCGAGAGGUGGCUGCCCUUAAGGCUCGGCUGCGUUCACAGAAACAGAAGAAAGGGCGGACUAGUGCGCAGAGCCUCCAUCACGGGUCGCAAGCCGCUAAACACUGAGUCACUCGCACUGUGGACCAACCUAGUCAGUGCAACCGAGAAAAUUGAAAAAAAAAAAAACGUACAAAAACAAAGUAAGCUUUCUAACUAUGGAUUAAGAACCUAAGCAAUGAGUCUUUACUGAGGAACAUACUUGUGAAUCGAAACCCGAAAUUAGACCAAAAAGAAAAGUUUUUCAUCCAUUAAUUAAGGAGCAAGAACAUUAAGUGAUUCCACUGAGGAACAAGGUGGUGAGUGAAAUCCAGAAAUUAAUGACAAAAAAAUAAAG